AUGGAGGUGACGGGGUUCGUACAGGAGAUGUUGCAGAACGUUGCUGAGCAUGCUGCAAGCUAUCGUUUAGGACAGAGUGUGUUGCGUCAAAUUGAUCGAGUGCUGUGGACUAUCGAGAAGAGUGCGCGGUGGGCUGUACCUCCUCCAUUGGAUCAGGAUGAACAUCCACAACCAGAGUUGAUUCGUCCACUGCCUUGGGUGUUCUUUCUCACGUUACUUGUAGCCCUUCGUGUCAUCAGGGAGUCUAUAUCUCUUGUUAACCUUGUCUUGGGUAAACCUCCAUUAAGAUCGGCAGAUGUGGUUACAUACAUUCAAGGCAAGCGACGCUACCUUCGAACCCUUAAGUACCAGGGCAACAGAAUGAUGCGAGCGCGAAGUAAACCGGCUCAACCGAGCCAGUCUUGGUUCAGCAGCGUGCAGUCGCUAUUUGAGUUCACCAUGUGCUUCCGAAGACACCCGCAGAACUACGGCAACAAUAACACUACACGUAUCAGCAAUAACGAUGAGGUUUUGGUAGUUGACCGCAAUAAUCAGGGAAGAAAAGAGACCAGCCCAGUUGCGUCCACUAGCGAAGACUCCAUCGAAAGACUUAUUGAGAAGAUGAUGGUGGAUCUACAGGCGGACUCGGAUGAUGACUCUAGUUACACGUCUGCUAAUCCAAUGAGCGUAAAAAGUGAUCGUUCUGAAGAUGGAGCCGAUUCAGAACAAGAAACAAUACCGAAUGACAUCUUACCUAACGAAUCCCAUCUCCCUGGACCUCAGUUGGAUGACAACUGUCAAGUUAUCACUUCUACUCCAGAAAAGAACAAAUUUAAUCAUUUUCAACAGUAUGAUAAAGGAAACGAAGAAAGAAAUUCUCAAAGCAACGAACACUCAUUAAAUACAAAAGGGAUCAAUCAACUUGUGGUAAAAGAUAAUGACAAAACGAGAUUAGAGUCCACCCCCAUCGUAGAUCUGCACCAGACUAAUGCAGAUGCAACGUCUACUCUGGACGAAACAAAGUUAUUGCUUAAGAGUGAGAUAAACUUUACACAAAAUAAUAAACCUCAACAUGCGUCGAAGCAUAUUCUAGGUGUCACUAAGUGUUAG